GAGGAAAUGACACUCAGAAAAGUAAACAUUUUCAUCCUGGUACUUGCUGUUGUUAUAUUUCUGUUAGUGCUGCAUCACAACAUACUAGGUCUCAGUGACCUCUUGAAAAGGGAAUUGUCAGAUUCAAGCCCUGUGGGACUCCAGCCAGUAGAUUUUAUUCCUGAGGCUCCUCAAAGGUUGACGGAUGAUCAAAAUGACAAAGAAAUACCUGUGGUCAUUACAGCCUCUGAUGACAGGCUUGGGGGUGUAAUUGCAGCUGUGAACAGCAUUCACCAAAACACCAAGUCCAAUGUGGCGUUCCAUAUUGUCACUCUAAAUGAUACAGUGGACCAUUUGAGAUCAUGGCUUAGUAAAACUAGUCUGAAAAAUGUGAAAUACCAAAUUUUGGAUUUUGAUCCCCAUUUGCUGGAUGGGAAAGUGAGGAUUGACUCAGCAAUGCUAGACUCCAUAAAACCUCUAACCUUUGCAAGAUUCUAUCUGCCUAAUUUGGUCCCUAAUGCAGAAAAGGCUAUUUAUUUGGAUGAUGAUGUGAUUGUGCAAGAUGAUAUCCUUGAACUUUAUAACACUAAACUGCAACCUGGCCAUGCAGCUGCAUUCUCAGAUGAUUGUGACUCUACCACAAACAAGUUCGCAGUCCGGGGAGCAGGAAACCAGUAUAAUUACAUUGGAUUUCUUGAUUAUAAAAAAGAAGCCAUUCGGAAGCUGGCCAUGAAAGCAAGUACAUGCUCUUUCAAUCCAGGUGUCUUUGUUGCUAACCUAACAGAAUGGAAGUUACAGAAUAUCACUAAGCAACUGGAGAAAUGGAUGACACUUAAUGUGGCAGAGGAGAUAUACAGUAGGACUCUUGCAGGCAGCAUCACUACACCCCCUCUGCUCAUCGUAUUUUACAAGCGGCAUUCAAACAUUGAUCCUAUGUGGAAUGUACGCCAUCUGGGUUCUAGUGCUGGUAAAAGAUAUUCGUCACAGUUUGUGAAAGCUGCCAAACUACUCCACUGGAAUGGACAUUUCAAACCCUGGGGAAGGACAGCAUCCUACGCAGAAGUCUGGGAAAAAUGGUACAUUCCUGACCCUACCAACAAAUUCAACCUAAUCCGGAGGCACACGGAUGUCUAUGAAACAAAAUAAAUGGAUUUGAUACACUUG